AUGGAAUUCCCAACAAAUGAGACAGGUUAUGAUGAUUCUGGUGGUGUUAAAGGAAAUGAGAGUCUUGGAUUUUGUGAUGAAGAGGCGAAUCCGAAUUUUCGCCUGUUCAUGAUUAGUUUUGGUAUGUUAAUAGCCUUGGUUGGAUGCGUGUGCAAUCUUUUUCUCUUCAGCGCACUUCUCGGCGUACGGGGAUACAUGUAUCAGUGCUUUCUUGCUUUUCUCGAUUUCACGAUGUGCGAGCUUUUCGUGCAAGUCUUCUGGCUUCUGAGGAUCAGCCAGGUAUUGGAGAUCAAGUGGCUGUAUGAUGGCAUUCAAUUGACAUACACUAUCACUUUUGUGUUGAGCCGACUCGUCCAAAUCGCCAUUCCAUAUGUGUUGAUUGCGAUCUCGGCUGAACGAUUUGGACAAAUCAAAGGGAGGAGCAACUUUCAUUCGAAAGGCUCACGGCGUUUACUGAUCUGUUUCAUCAUUGCAACAAUCACCAUUUUCAUGAGAGGCCCAUUGAUAUUCGCUGUCUCGGUGAAACCGAUGGAAGGCUGUGAUAAAUAUUUCUAUUCAAAAAUUCUUCAGCUAACAAAAUUUGGAGAGUCAAACACUUGGAGAAUACUGGACUUUAUGCAACAGUUCUUAAAUCUUUUCGUCACUUUCUUGAUCUUAUGCCUUUUGAAUAUUUUGAUCGUUCAAAAGCUGAAAAAGAGUCAUCAAAGAGCGCGGAGACAAUCAGCUUCUGUUUCACAUACGCUCGAACUGACUUGCAAGCUUCCGAAAAGUCAAUCGAUGAGAAAAUUGGAUGAUGAAACAAAGAGAGAACAAAAAAGAGUGAGAUGUGCAAUUCGUACAACGACAGUGAUCAUCUCGUGUUAUCUUGCCUGUAACGCUCUCAACUUUUUACUUUUCUGUCUUGAGCAAGCUGCUAGCAAGAGUCGACAUCUUUCGAGUCUUAUUUUUAACGACGAGACUCAACAGUUCACUUUUGGAUAUCUCUUUAUGAGUGACUUGGGCACGAAUCUUUUUGUUUUAUCGAGUGCGAUUCGAGUCUUCAUUUAUUACAAGUACAAUCCGGAGAUUCGGAAACAGAUCAGAAAUUCCCUUCCAUUUUACAAUAUGUUGAUCAUGCAGAAGAGACGGAGAAAAUCCCGUCGAAUGGAUCCAAUUGUGUCGAUUAAUGGAAAUGCCAGUGCUAGUGGAGGAGGAAAUGAGAGCCUUCCACUGCAAACUAUUCAAUUCAUUGAUAAU